AUGUAUGCAUGUAUGAAGACGUUAUACAAUCAGCAUGCCUGCGGUCAGCAACAGAACUUACGGCUCACCUUCAUGCUGUUGCCAGUGGCUAUGCUGGCAACUGCACGCACUUUGGAGGCCUAUAAAAAGCCCGUUUCCUGCCUGCAUCAACAGUUCAUCCUGCAGCCUCCUGUAGACACGACACAUUCUGAUUCUACGCGAUGUUGCGCCUUCUUCGUUGUCCUUCUCGCUGCCUGCGUCGUGGCAGCCAUGGCGAGCCACAAGUGCUCUCGUUACUGCCAGACUCGGCGAAGACUCACGUGUGCUGUGAUUGCCGCACCACGCGCCCUCCGAAGAUUACCGCACCACGCGCCCUCGAAGAUUACCGCACCAAAGCCGCACCACGCGCCCUCCGAAGAUAACGCACCACACGAAGCCCCUCCGAAGACAUCGUCCAAGUACUCUGAAGAUCAACUUCACGAGAAGUUACAAGUCUCUACCAAGAUUAUCGACUCCUGCAAGCAAAGAAACUCUUAUCGAACUCUGUCACUUCAAGACUUCCGACACCAAGCGCGAAGCCAGUCUUCCCUGCUGUCGCUACUCCCUCUGCGCACCUGCCGCAGUCCUCAACGGUUACUGCAGUCGCCUGAUGCAGCAACAUCAAUCUACACUGCCCUGCCAGUACCUCAAGAGCCAGACGCCCGUGCUGAAACGCCACUGCUGACCUUGACUCUCGGAUCACCACGUCGUCCCCUCGCCGCCGUGCCCUGGCGCAACAAGUUUCGCUCGCCCGUUAACGAGCCCAUCUCACGGACGUCCUCGCCGCCGUAUCACCUGCCGACGCUCCCAUGUUCUCUACUGCACGUCGCUGCAACUCCGGCCAUGUCCGCCGCUUCGUCCGCUGGUGACUACCGCCGAACGUCCUCACCGCCGCAUCACCUGCCGACGCUCUCCUGUUCUCGCGUUGCUACUUCGGCCGUGUCCGCCGCCCCGACCCGUCCGCUGGUGAUCGCCGCCCACGUUCCUCGUGCAUCUCGCUACGCUCACUCACCACACCCGCUGCCGUGCUGGUGACCCUGGCAAGAACUGUCCCUCCUUGCCUGCCGAUUCUCGUGACGCCGUCACCAAUGUUGUUCCUCUCCCGAGAUGACGAAUCCUUCCGCCGACGUGAUCCUCAAGACCUCGCUCUCAAGAUUCUCCGCUCAACCUUCGACUCUUCGACGAUUACUGGUCUCCCAGAAUCUUCUAGACCCGGUGUGCGUGUCAUUACGACUGACACGGCGCUUGACAAGUUAACUGUGUCUUCCAGUGAUCCUGUGUGGAACGAUUGACGAGCUCCGUGACUGAUCAUCACUGCCGCUCCCGUCAAGACCACCUGCACCCAGAACAGUGACCUGUGCAAACAAGCACCCUAGGCCGCCGACCUUAGAAAUACCUGUACGACCGUUCCUCCUCAACUGCAAGAUCGAGACUCCCUGUGUCUGUUACCUCCGUCACUUGUCACCUGUCAUCUACCUGCAUCGUCUACUCAAGAAUCGAGGACGAUUCUUUUCUAGUGGCCGAGCGAUUUAGUGACCUGCUCCCCUCGUCGCUCACCCCUCGCAUACCACGAAAGCCAUGUGUUCUUAUUUCACAAGUACUUCAACCUGCCCUGUG